UGGGCCUCGCCGCCGGUCCGAGCCCUGCGGGAGGUUGUGGAGGUCACUGAAGGGAACACGACCACAAUUGAAGGAAGAAUUAUAGAGGAUGUUGAAGCACCACCUCCUCCAAACCCCUCUGGCCAGUGUCCCAUCUGUCGCUGGAACCUGAAGCAUAAGUAUGAUUAUGUGGAUGUCUUGCUGCUGAGUCAGUUUAUCCGUUCUGAUGGAGGGAUGCUGCCACGAAGGGUCACAGGCCUCUGUUUGGAGGAGCACAAGAAGAUUGCUGUCUGCGUGCAGAUGGCUCACCGUGCAGGUUUGUUGCCAAACCACAGGCCUCCACUUCCUGAAGGGCAUGUUCCCAAGAAACCCAAGCUCAACAGGUAUCUGACCCGCUGGUCCGUCAGAUCUGCAAAGCCCAUCUGGAAGAGGGGCCCUAAGUGGUGCAAAAAACCCUUUCCAGUCGGACACCCUCUGCUGAAGAAUAACAUCAAAUACACACACAAGCCUCUCUGUUUAAACCACUAG